AUGGCCAACAAAUUCAUUUGUACUUUAUUGCUGAUUGCCGUAUGCGCCAAAAGCAUAUCCGCCGAUGGAAUUGAGAAUGGUAAUGCCACCACCAUUUUGGCACAUCCUUACGUAGUCGCUAUACAGGGAACCGAUGGAACACGCGUUUGCGAGGGUGCCUUAAUCGAUUCGAAUGUCGUUGUCACAGCUGCUCAGUGCUUGGCUAACUACGAUGUUUCACAAUUGGUCGUAAGUGUAAACAACAGUAAGAUUGUAAGCAUUGCCAAGAGUACCUUCGAUAGUAACUUCGAUUAUACGACCAUGGAAUAUGAUGUUGCCGUCUUAAAAUUGGCAGAGGAAGUAAGUGUUGAUACCAUUGAAUUAGCUUCCGAGGAACCAGCUACCGGUGUCAGUGGUGUAGUCACCGGUUGGUCUUCAAGCAGUGCUCUGGUAGAUGUUUCGGAGUCUAUCAUCAGUGCCAGCGAUUGCGUUUCGGGAGAGUAUACCUACGAAGAUGGUGAGAUUUUAAGUUCAAUGUUGUGUGGUCUCGCAGCAAACAAAGCUUGCGACGCUCUACCAGGAAGUCCUUUGGUGGCCAACAACCAAUUAGUUGGUUUGGUUUCAUGGGGCUAUGGCUGUGCCAACAGUGAGAACCCAGCUGUUUUCACCAACAUCGCUGCAGUCAAGUCAUGGGUAGAUCAAACUGUAGAGUCUUUGUAAAAGUUUUCAA